ACUGUAUAAAGCGUGCUACACCCUCUUACUCGUUAACCAACCCCCCUCCAAACUGAAGAAACGAAAUAAUUAAGGGUUUAACAAGUUCAGUUUAAACGGAGACGGCCAUGGAUGAGGCGGCGGCGGGCGACGGAGCCCCGGGGCCUCUGGGCGUAAGAGCCCGCCACAUAAAAAAGAGGGCCCUCAAGAACAAAACUCUCUCUGUAUCUUUCAACGAAAAAGACCUCAAAGAUUUUGUGACUGGUUUUCACAAGAGGAAGAAGAAGAGGAGAAAAGAGGCCUUGCAGAAGCAGGAAGAAGCAGAGCGACGGAAGCGAAUUGAGCAGCGAAAAAAGAGGAAACUGGACAGAGAUUUUGUUUUAUUUGGUGGAGCUCCACCUGAUUCGGGCACGGAUGCUGCUGAAUCUGAUGACGAGCACGACAGUGAUGAGGAUGAGGGUGGUGAACCAGUUCCAUCGGUUUCAGGGAUGACUACAUACGACAAUGGCAAUGUGCAAGUCACUGUGAUGACAAGUGAAAUAGCGCGGGAGGAAGAGUAUCCGAUCAACAGGCCAGAGGUAGGAGGACCAGAAUCUGUUGAAGUGUUUGAUAAGAGAAAGCAGAGGGCCCCUGUGGCUAGGAAGAAGCAACUCAAGAAGGCUCCAAAGAAGAGAUCACGAGCAAAGACACAAAGUAAAAGAGAUAAAAGGAAGGGGAAAAAAAAGAAUAAAAAGCACUAGCCAUGAAUCAUUAUGUUGCCACCCUCCAGCUUUUCAAGAGUUCAACUAAUGUUAAAACUUGAUGAACAUCUUAUUUUUACAUUGCCAUUGAAUUAGCUUUCUAUUUUUGACACCCCCUGCGUUUGAGCUCCUGUCAGAUUUUCUUA